AAGUUGCUAUACACGGCACAUCUUAUGCAUGAACAUUGAUACUUCACUGCGUAAUUUAAACCUCAAUCCUAAAUCGUCCUAUUGCUAGUGUGUUAGGGAAAUUCUUCGCACCUUUAGUACAUGUUCAAAUAGUAGGGCGUUUACAUUGACUUAUAGACACGUAGACGCGCGAUACAAUAAUGUCGUUCUUGACAAUUGUUUUAGCGCUCCUUGUUCACGUGGCAAGCGCAGAGAAGCGAUAUAUCGACGAGAACGUGUUCCGUUGCAUGCAUGAUAUCGGCCUCAGCAGCUUCGUCCAAAUCCUGACCGAGGCCAAUAUGCAGGGAACCCUCACAGGAACAGGACCUUUCACAAUACUGGCCCCUAACAACGCCGCCUUCACUAAGGCCGACGUGAAUCUAAUGGGAUCCCUGGCCAAGGAACCCCUUCUGCGCGCCCAGGUUGUGGAGUAUCACAUCGUAAACGGAUUUUACGUCACGCCGCAAUUGAUACAGAUGAAACAAGUCCCCACGAUCGAGGGCCAACAUCUCACAAUAACUGGUCAGGGAAAUCGCAUGCUUAUCAACAACCACACCCAUCCUGUUGGCGGCAACACUACGGAUAUUAUCUGCAACAACGGCAUUAUACAUGUCGUGGACAGCGUCCUGGUCCCGCCAAAGUUCAGUACCGCAUCCAUAGCGGCACAGCUGCUCAUCCGUGACGACCUCUUCCGGGACGCCUUCAUGGCUCUUCUCCUCAACAAUCUCACCCACAUGCUCGAAGUGAGUGAGUUCACGCUGUUCGCGCCCACGGACCUGGCGUUCGGACGCUACUCGGAGCUUAGCAACAUCCGCCCGGAUACGCCAAAUGCCGCCAUGAUUUAUCAGGAGGUGUUCAAGUACCACAUGGUUCCCGGACGGCGCACCAGCUACAAGCUCCAUGAUGGGGACCGCCUGUUCACGAUGCAUGGGUCUGGCUCUGUACUGAACAUCACCAAGAACGCUGACGGCCUAAUGGUGGACAAUGCCAAGGUCGAGGAGGCAGACAUUCCCGCCAGCAACGGGGUCAUCCAUGCUGUUGACCACAUCCUGUUUCCUCGUGACCUCCUUGCGGCGCUCAUAGGUGUCUCGGGUAGCCCUUAACUGACUCAUCGCCGCACAGUGUCAAGUUUUGUUUCAAUAAAUGUACAUGAUUUG